GAAGGAACAAACACAUACGAUCUUCGACGCUUCUCUCGGAUUGUAAAUUUGCUGCAGGUACAUCACAUUUUAACAAGUAAAACACAUGAUUAUAUUGCUUCAGUCUUUCAGACCCUGAUGCUUCUAUGUUCCGCCUUUUUAAAGCUCGCACGCGUGUGGAUGUUCGGGCACGAGCGCAGGGCGAUUGAACUGCGUGGUGAAAACUAGAUAGCGUAAUGUUUGUGUGUUGUUGUUGAGAAUAGAGGUUAUUAUUUACUCUGCUGACGUCACGUCAUGAGCUAUAAACCUUUAAUGAUGAAUGACAGAAAAAUGCGACGAUCUGUCAAACUAAUGAGCGCGUGACGUGUGACUGACACGUGCUAUCAGAUGCGAGUUAUUUAUUAACGUUGACAUGAAUAUUUAAGUGUCUGCUGUUACUUUUAUAAUAAACGUUGACUUUUGUGCAGUUUACUUUAAUAUCCCUGCAGUGUAACAGAUUCAUAUGAUAAAAAAUAUAUUUGAUGUCUGAGAUAAUUGAGUUUGACUCUGUUGAUGUUUUAAGAUCUAGGAGGAUGAUUUCUAAAAGGGUGAAUACAGGUUAACUGGUUAAGCAUUAUGUUCGACUAGUAGUGGAUGACAUGGAUGUAUUUGGAUCAUAUUUAGAAAAAGCAGGAAUUACAGUAAAGAAGUCCGCUUAACUUCAUCUGUACAGGUACGAGCACUCCCAUGAUGCACUGCGACUGAUCUAAUCCACUCAAUCAAUCAAUAUAUAGUCACUCAAACUAUUUAUAGAUCUGUACAUUUUACAGUCUUCUGCAAUAAACUUCACAUGGAUUGUAAUUGAUAUUUACAAUGACUGAUUAUAAGUACACAGUUUAUCUUUGUCAAAAAUGUUUGUAAUGUUGUGGCUGAUCUCAGACCUGACUGAUUUAGAGAAAUCUUUAUUGAAGAAGAAGUUGAAAUUCCUGACAAGAGAAAACCAAAUCAAAUGUGUUGAAGAUGCAGACAGAUCCUCUCUAGAGUUUGUAAAGAUACAGAACAGAUAUGUGGAACUGUUGAGAUGAGAAACUGGACGUGAGCGCUAACACAGACGGGAGACGAUAGAGUCGCUUGUACUUCAUCAGACGGUUUGCAUCCUUCAACAUCUGCAAAAAGCUGCUGCAGCCGAUGUUCUGUCAGGGCGACGAGUGCCCUCUUCUCUGUGGCGGUGUGCUGGGGAGACAGCGUCAGGAAGAGAGACGCUUCACGUCUGGACGAGCUGGUGAGGAAGGCGGGCUCUGUUGUGGGCACAGAUCUGGACAGCCUGGCAUCUGUGGCAGAGUGAUGACAGGUGCCCGCUCCACGCCCAGUCAUGGACAGCAUCAUCUCCAGGCAGACGAGCGGCUUCAGUGACGGGUUGCUCUCUCUGCCCUGCUCCACAGACAGACUCAGGAGGUCUUCUCGGGAAGCAUGUGAUGACCCACGCUCGGGAUAAAGGUUCCCUCGGCCAGUAUCGCGGAGAGAGGCGGGACCAUGUAGAGGGAUGGUCACAUGGUGAAACUGUGGGCGCAGCCUGGCCUGCGCGAUCAUUGCGAGUGGGCAAGGCAAAGAGAAACGUGAUGAAAAAAGUCAAAACCAGUGCUCUGGAGCACAUGGAGACAUGGACACAAUAUAAAGACAGGAGUCAACGUGUGUCAGAAUCUUCCAUGAAAAUGGUUAAGAAGGACGUUUCCAAGAGCAGCCAAUGUAAAACUUUGAGGAAGCAGCGGGCCGAGCGAAAGCGGAAACUUUACCCGUUACGCAGACGGAGCGGCGCUGAGGCCGAGGCUUUGAGUUGCCAUGUUCUGCUCACACGUCUGGGUGACUUGGAGGAACGCGAUAGAAACAGAGUUUUAGAGCGCAGAAGAAUUGUGAAAGCUAACAAGAAAACGACAGACGACAGGGGAACACUCGACACCAAAGCGGACAAACCUUUAGCUCAGGAGCCACGAAAACGUCGACUAGCUUCUCUCAACGCUGAGGCUGUCAACAGUCUGCUGUUGGAAAAAACCGAGGGCAAACUCACUAAGAAACGAGUGGAUGGUGUCACGGCUCCGGAUCAAACAAAAACUCGCCCGAACUUAAAACGGGGCUCUGAGACUUGCGAGAAAGUUAAGGCACAAGAGAAGAAUGUGAACGAAUCGAGUCUGUUUGCUCCUACACCGAAACGUCUGGCUGGACUCAAUGCCGCCGCUCUGAUGAAGCUCACCAGCUCGACUAUGGGAAAUAAGCAGAGAUUAAAAUCUGACAAUAAGGGCGUUGCCUCGGGGACGGAUGGUGUGCACGGCAAGACCAAGGCACAAAAGUCUAAGAGACCCAGCUUGAAAAAACCUGUAGUGAAAGGAGGCUGUGAGGUUUGCAAAAGCAGAAGCUUCGAGUCGAAACUGAAGUUCGAAGGGUCUCCGGAAAGUCGGCCUUUAACCGAAUCGGGGUAUCGGUCCCGUAGCAUUCUGGGAUAUCCCCUGAAAGUCAUCAAAGAGGAACGGGUGGAAACGGAGCUGAGUCCGUAUUAUUGCUGUCCUCCUGAAGGUUCGGUGGAGUACUGUCACAGGUUGGCGCUUUUCCUUGGCCAAAAGGCGUACGGCGAGUCCGAGGAGCACCCCGUCACUUCCGUCAAGCGCGAAUGUCUGGUUUCUCCCCCCGCGCUGACACAUCCGACCCUGACUCUGAGCGCUCAUCCGUGUCUGUGUGCGGAUCCGUGUUACUCUAGUUACCUCGUCCGUAUCGCUCACCCCGGACCGCCGACGGCGAGUUUAAGUGCCCGAUCUUUACCUUGCACGCACAGUCCCUUUUGUCCACGUGGAGUUUCUGGAGCAAAGCUGUUGCCUCCCUCUGUGUCACAUGCCUCAGGUAUCCCACAUUCUGCCUUCUGUAAUUCAGUAGGGUCGCCAUGCUGCCAUGAGGCCUGUAGGAUGAACAGGUGCACCUUCAGAGCCAUUCAACCAAUCGCCAGCAGGACGUGCUCGUACUCCAACAGCUGCUCACACUGUAGCCAUACGAUUAAAUCAGAAGGUUAUUCCUCAUCUGAAGAGAAACCGAGUCAUGGGUUACUGAUGUCUCCAGCCCUGACGCUCUCCAGCGCGUCCAGAGUAAAGUCUUCAUCGGCGGGUGCGCCGCGUCUCCUACCCACGCUGUCCGAGCGCAGACAUGCUGAAGUCAGGCUGAAAACGGGCAAUGAAUGUCCUGGAAACGCCAAACCGCCGAAUGGGUCGCUCGCCACGGGCCAGACGAGAUUAUCCAAAAAACAACACUCGACACUCGGUCCGACAGGUGCCAAACAGAAGAAAGCGAAUGGUCGGCAGGUCACGAACGGGUGGCGUCCUGUCGGAGUCCCCACAGAAAGAGAGGUCUUCAUUGCCGGUGACGAUGAGACGGUAUUUCGCCAGUGUUAUGAAGGAGUGGAGCGCGAUGGGGAAGUGAUCCGGGUCAGGGACACUGUGCUGUUGCGAUCUGGACCCCGAAAGAAAUCCCUGCCGUAUGUGGCCAAGAUUUCAUCUCUAUGGGAGGAUCCUGAAACAGGAGAACUGAUGAUGAGUCUCUUCUGGUAUUAUCGACCCGAGCACACUCAAGGUGGCAGAGAUCCCAGCAUGCACUGUGAGAAUGAGAUAUUUGCCUCUCGACAUCAAGACGAGAACAGCGUGGCGUGUAUAGAGGACAGAUGCUACGUUCUGCCAUUAGCACAAUACUGCAGAUUUUGUGCCUUGGUGAAACGCCGAUCAGAGGGUGUGUCCGGUGACGUCUCAGUGGUGCCCGACCCCACUGAUAGCUUUACCCCACCUCAACGCCUCGUUCCUGAUGACGUGGACCCGGAUCUGGUGUAUCUGUGCCGCCACGUCUACGACUUCAGAUACGGACGCAUCUUAAAAAACCUGCAGUGAAGUUUGUCUCUGCAGUGGAAAUAGAUGAACAACGACCCUGUGACAGCACUUGAGACGACAUGACAAGACCUGAAGGUUGCCAAUGGAAGAACGUCCCCAUAAAUUCAGGGGACAAGAAUAAGACCAGAGCGUACUGGAUGAGCCGUCCAUGCCUCUGGUCCGAUGAGAUGUUGGGGCGACAACGGCUGCGUUUCUUCUUGAAAGACUCAUAUGAAGUAUAAAUAUCAGCUAGCUAAAGGUUUGUUCAAUUCAGUCACGUACACUGGACUGACACACUGAUGAGGGAUCUUAAACUCUACCGCACGUUUACCCGAGAGAAUAAAACCUGUGGAGUACCAGAUCCAGACCAAAGCCAAACGCAAGAAAAACAAGUUUGUUCUUUUUCUGUUCUUGUAAGAAAUUUAUUCAGACAAAAUGUUGAAUUUAUUUAAGAAUUCGUUUUAAACUCUAAAGCUAAGAGGCGUGUUGUAGAGGUUAGACGAAUGAUCGUAUUUAACGCUUUGGAAAUGAGACCGUAAGUCGAGAUCUAGACCAAAACUUUGAGACCAAGACACAGCGGUGAGACCUGGACUGAGGUCACAUUAAUGUGCUUUUUAAUUUUUUCAGCUGUAGGGGCAGAAGUCUUUGGAAGUGAACAGAUGAUGUCCUAGUUGCACAUUUGAAAAGAUUUUUAUCAUUGUACUCGUUCCUCCUGCAUCAAGCUGCCCUUAGAGAAAAUGCACUAUUACAUUUCUUGCUUUAUUUUUCAUCUAGAUCACUGCUUCACUUAGACGAGUCGACGGCUUUGAAGUUUUAAUAUCACUUGCCGUGUGAGAACAACAGAUCAAAUAUUCAAGAGGAAUUCCUUUUACAUGCUCAUUUUAAUGUAACAUUUGUGACCCUGCCUGUGAAACCCCGAUUUAAUCAUGAGAUUUACAGCGUCGUUAUGACCAUAAAAAUGACAAAAAGAUGUUAAAAACUAAGCCUUUGAUAUACAAUAGUUAAACUUUUACUUAUAAUGUGAAGAAUACUGAAAUGAAUGAUUUUAUUGACACUACACUUUAUUAUUAUUCUGUGUAAAACUACAAAGUUUUCUUGCUAAAACAUUGACUUUGAUCGUCUCACUUUAGGCACAGAAACACCUGAUGAUUCUUAUAUCAUUAUAUCAUAUCAUUUAGGAAGUGAAAACAGACCAUAAUAUUAAAUCGCACAAGCGACGGCUGAGUCAGUGCCGGGCAAGGCCUAAAUAUUGAGGUCGGCUCUUAUUUCGGAGCAGAUAUUUUUCGUGUUAUCUCCAAAAUUCCAGAAACAGCUGAUCUGUUUGGUAGCUGAACGUCUGACAAGAUUAGCACCCUAUUUUAACUACAUUUUAAAGCUGCUUCAUGUCGAAAAACAUUGUUUUUGGUUGCUGGUGUGUGAAGAUCUACAACCCGGUCUAAUUGAUUUCAAUGUUUUUCUGCUUGUAGGACAUGAACAUCAUGUGUUUUACAUGACUUUAAGAGUUAUUACUACAAAUGUGUCAUAUACCAAAUGAAAGCUGAUAUUUUUCUGUUUUCAGUGAUAUGUGACACAUUGAAAGGCAAAUGAUGGUUGAAUUGUGAUGCAGUGUUAAAAAUAGGAUUGCUUUUAACUUAGAAUUUUCUGAAAAACAUGAUUUUCUGAGGCAGAAAUUCUUUGACAUGGUCUUACUCAGUCAAUAUUAAAGAUAUCAAGGUGAUAUUGUUACCAAAUGUCCUUUAAAUGAUAUUGAAUAGUUUUAUGUAAAUAAACGUAAAUGACCGAAAAAUGACUUUAGCCGGGUUUUCACAGGUGGGGUCAAAUUUAGUUUAGAGUUGAAAUAGAUGAACAAACACAUUUUAAACUUCUGCAGAAUUAUAUAACAUGGAUACAUUUUGUGCAUUUGCUAGAUUUCCUCUAAUAAAUUACAGUUAUUGAAGUGAAUUGCACAUUCCUAUAGACUUUGAAGUAAAUUUCCCUUUUUAAUUUUACGAUAACUGUGUGCAAUUCAUACGAGCGUCAUCAUCAGGUAAAAGCUUCAGACAUGGAUUUGUAUGUUUCUCCACGUUUGUCAUUACGAUCAUUUACAAGAUGCUGAUCUUGAGUUUAAAUGUUCGAUUUGUCGGUCGCUGUUUUCAGGGUCUGUUUAUAAAGCUAAUGGUGUGGCUUAAAUCAUUUUUUAGUACUUAAAUAAGCAGAUAUACAGUAGAGGAAAAACCUUUAAACAAAUUGGGGUUUUGUAAUUGUUGCCAAGCUCUGGCCUUCUAGUUUUCAUUUCUUCUGCAUAGAAAAAUAUUUUAUCAUCUCUGUUUGUAAAGUUGAGAAAUGCAGUUCUAUAUUUUUAGGAGUAUUUUUUGAGACCAGACGCUGUUUAACGUGAUCUUAUUUCAGUUUGGAUUGUUUAUAUUUUAUGAUCUCAGAGUUUUUGAGGCUUUGAGUUUGUAAGUAAAUGUCUCUAUAAAGGGGAGGAAACACAAAUGCCAUCUUUUAAUCGAGCUUCUAAAGUCUUGCACAGUGCAUUUUUAAUCUUUUUGAGAUUUCUUAUUGUAUUUAAAGAAAUUAUUUAAAAUGGAGUAUAAAAGUAUAUAAAUAUAUAUAUAUUUCAAGUCCUCUUAGUUAAAAUGUUUUGAAGUGCUGUGCAAUGUUGUGGUACAUAAAUGCAAUUAGUUUUUUAAUAGAUUAUUAUCAAAUGAUAACGUUUUAAUGAAGUCUUCAGAAAUAUCUGUUACAAAUUUCAAUUGGGUUCAAAUGUCCUGAGACUCAGACCAAAGGUCAAAACUAACAUUUUUGAAAAGAUAAUUUGAUCUUGCAUAUAUCAAACAAAACUCAGAGCCUAUAGACGGUCAAUAGGAUUUUAAGGAAAUGUUGAAUACCUUCAUGUAUUUCAGUCUCUUUCAGAUAUGAUGAAGACAUGUAUAGAGAUGUUUGACACUGCUUAUACAGGGACUCUCUCUUUGUUGCUCGCUCACUUGCUGUCUCUCUCUCUCUCUCUCUCUCUCUUUGUUUUUUGCAAUUAUUUUGAUUUUUUUUCCAGAAUGCCACUCUGUUUUUUACACUUAAAUUUUUCAGAUUUUUCACACUUUUUGUGUGGUGUCUAUUAUCAACACAGUGACUUUAUAUGGAGUUUCAUAAGCUUUAUGUUCGUUGGUUAAAUUCCAGAUCAUUCCAAUGAGAGACAAAGUUAGUUCUGAUCUAGACUUAGACCUGACUAGAUCUGACUAGUCUUCAGCUCAGAUCUCAAGACAUCUUAAGGCAGAAUUGUGUCACAAGACUGAGUAAAGAUGUGUUUCUUUCGAAGGGCUUUUAUUCUCCCGCUGAUCUUUAGGACUGUGAGAAUAUUUUUCAUGCAUUGAUGUCAUGAAUUUGUCUCGGUUCUGGUCGACACAAAGCACUUUUUUAAUCCAGUGCAUCUAUUUUAAUAGAUUGAUGAGAUUAUAGAGAGAAUAUAUGUAAAGAGGAUAAACGGUUUAUCAAGUAAUGUGCAUUUUUUUGGUCCCAUUUUUCUUUUUCAAGACAUGAAACCCUGCUGAUUAUUGUUCAAUAAAAGAGUAUUUAUAAAGUCUUUGGUGAAAACAGA